AUGUCUGCCAUCGCACGCUCAACUCGCGCCACGGCUCGACUUCAAUCGUUCCCUCAGAUACGACCCGUAAACUCAGUCCGACGCUUCGCCUCAGAGGGAGGAUCCUCACAACAAGAAGGCACAGCCCAGCGAGCGUCACCCGCAAAGAGUGGUACCAGUCCUGCCUUCUAUGGCGUUGGGGCUCUGCUGGCAUUAGUAUCAGGAUACUAUUUCAUCCAUUCCGACAAAACACCUGCCGGAGGGCAUAAGGAGAUUCAAGAAAUCCGACGUGCGAACGGAAACCCGAAGGACGAGGUUCGAGACCCCCGUGACAGUGGCGUCAAGACGUUGGAACAAAAGAAGGCCAAAGAGGAGGGUAACCUGCGUGCGUCGAAGUGA